CCACAGGAGAGGAGCCUGAUAACUAAAGGAUCUGCCUCCCAUUCUACUUCUAGAGACUCUAGGAACCACCAGUAAACCUGGAUAGGAUAUUUCUAAUUGUGGCAAUAUUCUGGAGGUGAAAGAAGGCAAGCCUAGAAACCUGUCAUUAUCAUAAUAGGCACAUAGCUGUCAAGUCUCCCGUUUUGGCUGGGAAACUACUGUAUUUUAACCUCUUUCCCGCCAUCCUCCCGUAUUAGUAUUCUCCCGUAAAUCUCCCGUAUUACAAUAUAAUAAUAAAAAAACAUUCCUCUGCUUCUUUCUCUGAAUUCUGUCACUAGCCUCGCGAGAACUGCCACCUGCAGUAGCCUGGGUGGCAGUUGUCGCGAUAUUAGUGCCGACGGCGGGAACAAACCUGGAACAACAGAGGAGAGAAAUGGAUAGAUGUGACGAAAGGGAAGGCAUUCCUGCCAGAAAAAGAAAGACAUCGUGCAAAUAUCUUGAAAAAUGGGACAGCGAAUUUUAUUUUCUAAAGAAGAGCAGGAUGGGGCACAGUCAUGCGUUCUGUAAGAUUUGUAACUGCGAUUUUAGUGUCUCCCACGGGGGAAGGAACGACAUCAGUCAGCAUGAAAAAUCGACCAAGCACAAGCGCUGGCUAGAGGCACAGAAACAGGCCCAGGCAAUGUCAACAUUUGUGACUAGAAAUACCACCGAGGCAGACCAGGUCAUAAAUGCGGAGGUUAAAAUGGCAAUGCUGUGUGCCAAAAACAAUGUUGCUUUCAACUUCUGUGAUGACUUCAAUAAGUGUGUAGCUGAAAUGUUCCCGGACUCUGCUAUCGCACGGAAAUUCUCGGCGGGAAAAACCAAGGCUACCCAACUCAUCAAAGGUGCCAUAGCAACAGAGCUAGAUGACGAGUUGGCCAAAACAUGCCGAUCUCAGCCAUUUUCUGUGAUGUGCGACGAAUCGAACAACAGAAAAGGAAAUAAAGAAUUCGUCAUCCUAACUAGACUCUACGAUGAGGCCACUCUGCAGGUCGUUACAAGAUUCAUGGAGAUGCCUCUAUGCAACGUGGGAAAUGCAGAAAAUCUGUAUGAAAAACUGAGUGAAGCACUAAGAAAAAGAGGCAUCCCAGGGGAGAACCUGAUAGCCUUUAACUCUGAUAAUGCGAGCGUCAUGAAAGGCAGACACAACUCUAUUAUCAGCAGACUGAAACAGAACCAGCCCCACGUCCAGGACCUCAGCUGCAUCUGCCACCUGGCACAGCUGGCCACUGGCUGUGGCAUCAGAGCAGCCCAGGUACCGGUGGAAGACAUCCUGGUGGGGAUAUACACCCACUUUGAUAAAAGUGCAAAAAGAUGUGAACUCUACAAAAGGUUUGUAGAUUUCACUGAUUCAGACCACCUGAAGCUCCUCAGGUACUGCAGCACCAGAUGGCUGAGUCUGCUAACCUGCAUCCAGAGAGUGUUGAACCAGUGGGAUGCACUACAGGCCUACUUUAACAGUCAGGAGGAGGUGGAGAGGAGUGCCAAAGUGCGCGAUCUAGCAAGCCAUCUGCGUGAUCCAAUCGUGAAGGCUUACUUCAUGUUCCUGAGUGCCCUUAAGCCUUUAUAUGAAUUUAAUAUUGUCUUCCAGUCGGAGGCCGUGCAGAUUCACAGACUUGAAGAGGAGAUCUACAGGCUGAUCAAGAGGAUCCUGGGGUUCCUCAUACCAGCCGGGGCCAUCAUGGGUGUACCUCUCAAGGAGGUGGAGUAUGGAGAAGGACAUCAGCUGGCUGAUGAAGAGCUCUUUAUAGGAGCAGAAACAAAGGCAUUCAUGGCAAGGAAAGAGCUCCCUGUGUCAGCGGAGAAGAAAAUCUUUCAGUUUUUAUUACCCAGCAGUUAUUUAAUUAUAUCAUCUUUUCACAGUAUGAGAUUAUAGGCUGUAGUGUUUUUUGUUUACUCUUAUGCUGUUGUAGAUCUGUGAGAAGAUUCUAUGAAGCAGUGCUUCAGAAAAUGUUCUCCUGCUUUCCUCUUGACCAUCCACUCCUGAAGGACAUGAAAGUGCUGGACCCUGCUGCUCGCCUUGACAUUACUCCAGGGACAGGUAGAUGUUAGAGUCAGUUCCUCAUUGAUUAAAUGAAUAUUGCAUGGUUUAGAUCUGCAAUGUUCAGUCAAACACUUGUUUUACUUUACAGUGGCAAGGCUAGGGGCCCUUUUCCCUCAGUUGAUCUUGAGUGAGGAUAGGCUGAGAGGAACUCAUUGACUACCAGGUGACAGAUAGCAAGCAUCUCCCUCAAGAAGACAAAACUGACAGAUUCUGGGGUCUGGUAGGGAAAGAUGUGAGGUUCAGUGAGCUGCCAAGAUUAAUGAAGGCUUUACUAUGCAUUCCCCACAGCAAUGCCAGUUCUGAAAGAGUGUUCGGUAUGGUAAGAAAGAUUGUUACAGAGAAUAGGAUGUCAUUAGACAACAGCACGGUUUAUGCUUUACUGUCAUGUAAAAUCAACCACUCUGGCCCAGGCCACAAAUACACUCCAUCGAAACGAGUCUUAAAGGAUGAAAAGUCUGUAACAAAUCUGGAUAAUAAGUCUUUAGUGAAUGCCAGAGAGCCACCUGAGUGAACAUGAGAAAUUUAAAUAAAAUGUGUAAUGAAGACAAAAUGUAAAUGUUUAACCUAAAGAC